AUGUGGCAAAAUGGCGGAUACUCAGAUGAUUGUCAAAGUGAUCACAAAAUUCCUGAAUCAGAAAAUCCUAAAAUAAACAGUAGAAUCAGAAGUACACACCAGGCCGAAGCAGAUCUUGAUGAGAAUGCAAGACAAGUGAGGACAUUUUUACUUCGAGCGGAAGAGGAUAAGAGAAGACUGGCUCAGAGAAUCGAUCAGCUAAUAACCAAUGAACGAGUGCUUAUAAUGGAGCUUGAACGAUUGAAACGCAGGGGCGGUGGUCCAACGGCUGGUACGACAAAUAACGGACGCUCAAGUCAAAAGAAAGCAACUGGCAAUUUGGAGGAGCAUAUUACUGGUCUAAUUCAAGAUCGUGACUACUGGAAAGGUCAAGUUGAACUCCUCAGCCAAAUGCUUGCCUGUCCCAGUAUAGUCGGGUUAAGAAAUGCCAAACCACUCGUUACGGGUGGCAAAAUUGGAUCGGCACCGAAACUUGCCAGGAGUAAAUCCCAACGAGAAAGCCAACAUAAGAUUAAAGAGGACAAUAAAAUGUUACCAGAGUCUCGCGGCGAAGUCAGGCACACGAAAUGUCGACUUUCAACCGGAUCACCGCCCUUCACGAGAUCUCAAAGUCUUCCACGUGAACAUUCUUGCGAGGAAUCAUUGGAAAAUCAUAAACUGCGGCUGGAACGAGACGAACUCCGCAUGAUGCUCAAUAGAUUUGAGAAGCGCAUUCAAGAGAUUCAAAGCAACGUUCAAACACUUACUAAGGAACGUGAUGAUUUGAAUAGACUCUACUCAGACGCUAAGAAUGAAAUCCACAGGCUACAUCACGACCUUUAUGAUGUACAAAAUGCGUCAAACCGUCGAGCCGCCAUUCAAGAAACCCAUCUUCAGAGUGAUCUAGAUCGUGCACGUUGGGAAAUAGAACAACUUACGGCAGAAAAGGAAAGUCUAGCAGCAAAAUACAAGAAAGCCAGUGAGAUGGAGAGUGUGGACAAAUUGCGCCACAACAAACAGAUGGAUUACAUGGAGAAGGCUCUUAGCGAAGCAACCAACGAACGCGAUGAAGUCAUUGCACGAGUUGGCCAACUCAAAAGGCGCCUUGAAGAGUUGCAAACAAGUCAAAUGCAAAUUGAACAGCGCUUAAAUGAACGGAAUGAAAAGCUUAAGAAAUGUGUUGAAGAAUCCAAUAACCUACGUCAUGAAUUGGAGACGCGACAAAGGGUACUGGAAGAGACGGAAGCUAAGUUGGCGGCAGCGCGUAAUCGAAGUAUUGAACUAGAGAGCGUCUGUCAGCAAACUGAGGCGUCAUCUGAAGAAACGAGUCGGCGUCUACUCCUUGAAAAGGACACAAAUUCGAGGCUUCAGGCUGAGCUACAGGAUGCUAAUCUUGAAAGAAGCAAAAUGCAUCAAGAAAUAGAGGAGUUGAUGCGGGCGAAAUCGCAAUUACAAAAGAAUAACAAAUACCUUGAAAAGAAAUGCAUGUCUACAAUCACUGAAAGGGAUGAAGUUAAUUCUAAUUGCAAUCGUCUCGCCGCUGAUAUUAAUUCUCUCCAACAGAAAUUGAAGAUUGCUGAAAUGGAUAUCGCCACAUGGAGUAAUAAGUACAAUUUGGAACGAUCUGCAAAAGAGAGCUUUGCUGAUCGCUGCAUGCUGGCCGAGAAGCGAUUGGAGGAAUGCGAAUUCCGCGGGCAUAAUUUGUCCAAUGAACUACGCGAGCAUCAGGAUGCUCGCUAUCAGUUAGAGAGGCAGGUUAAAACACUGGCUGAUAGUACAGAACGAUUAAAAACAAAUGUGGAAAGGCUAGCAAGCGAAAAUGAAACUUUAAAGACCAACAUUGACCUUGCGAAUAAAGACAAAGUCAAGUUGGAAGCGUGCAUUGAAGAUCUCACCGCUGCAAAUCGUCAACUUAUUCGAGAUCGAGAUGACUGCACACAUCGUCAUAGUCUUGCUCGAGAAAGAAUUGUCGAAUUGGAGUCCGAUUUGAGAACUAUGGAAGCUGAAGUUAAGCGUCAAACUGGUAUUGCAAAUAAAGAGCACCAAACUGUAGUUGACUUGCGCCAAGAGAACGAUUCAAUUAAACAACGAUGCGAGGAAUUAAACACCGAACUGGCAGGAAUGGUGAACAGACACCGAAGUGCUGAAGAGAGGUUUCAUCAGGCUGAGAUCCGCGCCACUCAACUGGAGAGGGAGUUAAGAAUGGAGCACGAUGACUACUUGCAGAUCAGGUCUCGUCUUGAAGCUACAGAGGAGCAGAGAGAUGCCGGAGAGGUGAAUAUAUCAGCAUAA